CACCAACUCACAGCCAUAGGAACAUCUCCCGAGGCGGAGUUGUUCUACUCUGUCAGAUAAUAUUUCGAGGCACUAAGGUUCUUUACGCAUCGGCAUCGUUCGACCCAAACCCAAUAUGCGCGCAUUCGUGGUACUCGCCUGCGUGGCGCUGGCCUAUGGCCGCCCCGAGCCUCCAGUUGGAUACAGCUAUUCCGCUCCAAGCACCAGAUACUCUGCUCCCUCUAGCAGCUAUGGAGCUCCAUCAGCCGGUGGCCAUAGAAUCGUUGUCGGAGGACAUUCCGGAGGAUUAUCAUUCGGCGGCGGACAUUCGAGUGGUAUCAUUAGCGGCGGACAUUCCUCUGGUGGACUCUCUCUCGGAGCUGCUAGCCUCGGAGGCGGUCACUCUGGCGGCCUGAGCUUCGGCGGCGGAGACUCUGGAUUUGGUGGUGGCUACGCCGGUGGAUAUUCCGGCGCUCCUCUUGUCCAGAAGCACAUCUACGUUCACGUUCCCCCACCGGAGCCCGUCGAACAGAGAGCCCCACGUAUCCCUGCGGUCGCUCCUCCCCAGAAACACUACAAGAUCAUCUUCAUCAAGGCCCCGACUCCCCCGACCCCAGUGGCGCCCAUCAUCCCCGUGCAGCCUCAGAACGAAGAGAAAACCCUCGUGUACGUCUUGGUCAAGAAGCCCGAAGAGCAACCAGACAUCGUUAUCCCCACCCCAGCUCCUACUCAGCCAUCCAAACCCGAAGUCUACUUCAUCAAGUACCAGACUCAGAAGGAAUCUGGUGGCGCUAUCGGUGGCGGUGCUAUCGGUGGUGGAUCUAUCGGCGGCGGUGAUCUCGGUGGUAUCGCUCUCGGCGCAGGCUCUGCGGUGGGCGGCGGCGCUGGCGGCCACGGUGGCGAUGACAUCGGUGCUGACUUCGGCGCCAGCGGCGGCGACAGCGGCUCCGAGGGUGCCCACGGUGGUGCUACGAGCACGCAGUACGGCCCACCCGGACACGUUGCGGGUCCUCUUCAUUGAAAAACGUUUCAUUCAGGUGGUAGCGGACAGGUGUAGAGCGACAAUCAUCUAUCUGUUGUAAAACGUUCGACCGUGAUCUAAUCAAUAGAAAUGUUCCGCGUUGUUCGUGACUAGAAUAAGCAGAAAAGAUUUGAAGUCUCCCGGACUACACCUGCGGCUCGAGGCGGACGCCUUGUACAUAGUCAUCUGUUGUGUUCGCUGGUGAGCUCCACCACGACAUCAAUCAUCGUUCUCAUUUACUUCAUCUACUUGUUAAUAGUGCACAGUGUUAAGU